CCACAACCUCGCCUGCACUGCCCGCGCCUUGCCUGGAGGGACUCUUGCGCGUGUGCUGCUGCUUCUCGGGACCCUGUUGGCUGCCGAGCGUCCUUCCCCAUGAGCGCUCUCACGGCCUACGUCGACAAGCAAGUCCUCGUCAUCACGCAGGACGGGCGCGUCAUUGUCGGCGAGCUCAAGGGCUUUGACCAGACGACCAACGUGAUCCUGUCGGGCAGCGUCGAGCGUGUCUUCUCGGCAGACGAGCCUGUCGAGGAGGUCCCGCUCGGCGUCUACAUCGUCCGCGGCGACAACAUCACCCUGAUCGGCGAGGUCGACACCGAGCUCGACAAGCAGGUCGAUCUCGCGACCGUGCGCGCCGAGCCCAUCUCGGAGCUGCAGCACUGAGGGCCUUUGCCUUCUCGCGCGCUCGCCCGCGCAAAAGGAGGGACGACGAUGGAGCGGUCAAGAGUGGCCGAAGAGGGAGAAGGUGGUCCCCGAAACUUGCAGCACCCGCACCCCUGUAACGAGAUCCCUUGAUACCCC